AUGGGCACCCGGGGCCUGUCCUGUGGGGGCACCGUGUCCCGUGCCCGGACCAUCCUCAGGUGGGAGCACCUGUCCUCUCACCUGUGCUCUCGCCUCCUGCCUGGCUGUGCCGUGCUGCCCAGGGUGACCCCACCUCCUGGGACCUCAUUGGCCAAAGACCCCUUGAUAGAUGGAACCACCUUCGAGGUCAACUUCAGUCAUAACUGGGAGAAAAAAACACACCUGUGCUACGAGGUGGAGGUCCGGGAGGAGGACACCUGGGUCCCAGUGGAGGAGCUCCAGGGCUUCCUGCGCAACCAGGGUGCUGACACACACUGGGAACGCAGUCAUGCAGAGUUGUGCUUCCUGGAUCAGGUCCUUUUUUGGAACCUGGAUGGAUGGAAGAAGUACAGACUCACCUGCUAUAUCUCCUGGAGCCCCUGCCCUGUCUGUGCUCUGGAGCUGGUUUAAUUCCUGCGCAAGAACAGCCACGUGAGGCUGUGCAUCUUCGCUGCUCACAUCUACACCUUUGUCAGUGGACAUGAGGAUGGGCUGAGCAAGCUGUGGGACGCUGGGGCCCAACCGGCCAUCAUGACCCACGAUGAGCUCCAGCACUGCUGGGAAAAAAUCAUGGACAACCAGGGCCAGCCAUUCAGGCCCUGUCCUACCCUGGUAGAACACAUUGGAAGCGAAUCUCAGGAGCUGAAGGACAUUCUCAGGAAUCAGGGAAUCUGA